GUUGCUGCAGAGGAGAUAUUUCGCGCAAAUUUCAACGGGCUAUUGUCCGUUUCAGAUAGAGAACUAACUUAGUCAAACUGGUGACAGUUUUCUGAUUUUCUUGAUUUAAGCGUAACUUAAAUAUAAAGUAAGUUAGGUUAGCUGCUGAAGACGUGCUUAAAUUAAAAUGAUGGAUGAGAAGGACGCGUAUGCACAGAGGCUGAAAGCAGCUGUUCACUACACGGUCGGUAGACUCUGUCAGCAGGUAGCCGCAGACCAUGAGAAAGAAUUCAGCCGGCAAGCGAUAGCAGCUCUCGCAGAAAUCACAUUCAGGCAGUGUGAUAUAUUUGCCACAGACCUGGAAGCGUUUGCGAAACACGCCAAACGGCAGACCGUGACAGUGGACGACGUAAAACUUCUAGCAAGAAGGAGCACGGCACUGUCAAAUUACAUCCAGCAGAAGAGUGAGGAACUAGCACUAAACAAUCAGGAACAGAAGGAGAGGAGGAAGAAGAACGCUGCCAAGAGGAAGACUAAGAGCACAGAAGAGAAUGAGGCAGAUGUGGCAAUGGAGACCUAGGACAAAAGUGACUGCCUCAUUACCUGACAGGUGUAGGAGAACUGAAUCUUAAUAGCACACAUAUACUAAAUAUGGUCAAUUACAUUGUUUUUCUUGAGGACGCUGACUUAAUAUGAAGAGAAAUGAGGAAUGUCAAUUAACUACUCACAGACAUGCAUCCAGG